AACUUGCGAAGUCGGUUUCUUUUUUCAAUUUUUCUGGGCAAGAGAGAUAAAGAUAGAGGUGAGAGAAGCAGUUCAAUCUAGUUCGCUCUCAUUUCUUCUGUCUCUUUUGUGUUUUUUUCACUGGUUUUCUCUUCGAUCUCUCUACUGUGGAAGAAGAUCUGGGGCCUGUUUUCGUUGGAUUUUGGUUAGUGCUGAGAGCCUGGAGUCAAAGACCGGGUCGUCCUGAUGUCUUCUCUUAGUAGGGAGCUUGUGUUCUUAAUUUUGCAGUUCCUCGAUGAGGAGAAAUUUAAGGAGACUGUUCACAAGCUUGAACAGGAGUCGGGGUUCUUCUUUAACAUGAAGUAUUUCGAGGAUGAGGUGCAUAACGGAAAUUGGGAUGAGGUCGAGAGAUAUCUCUCAGGCUUCACCAAAGUGGAUGACAACCGGUAUUCCAUGAAGAUAUUUUUCGAAAUUCGAAAGCAGAAGUAUCUUGAGGCACUUGAUAAGCAUGACCGUGCAAAGGCUGUAGAAAUCCUUGUAAAAGAUCUGAAGGUUUUUUCCUCUUUUAAUGAAGAGUUGUUCAAGGAAAUCACACAGCUCUUGACAUUAGAGAAUUUCAGGGAAAACGAGCAACUUUCCAAAUAUGGAGAUACGAAGUCUGCUAGAACAAUCAUGCUAGUUGAGCUCAAGAAGCUAAUUGAAGCCAAUCCCCUCUUUCGUGACAAAUUGCAGUUUCCUAGCCUUAAAAAUUCAAGGUUACGGACACUCAUUAAUCAAAGCUUGAAUUGGCAGCAUCAGCUUUGUAAAAACCCAAGGCCUAAUCCUGAUAUAAAGACCCUUUUUGUUGAUCAUACUUGUGGGCAACCAAAUGGUGCUCGCGCCCCAUCACCGGCAAACAAUCCAAUCCUGGGAUCCAUACCAAAAGCUGGAGGUUUUCCUCCAAUCGGUGCACAUGGGCCUUUCCAACCUGGUCCACCGCCAGUUCCAACGUCCCUUGCUGGUUGGAUGUCAAAUCCAUCGACUGUUACUCACCCAGCAGUGUCUGGGGGACCCCUUGGUCUUGGUGCUCCUGCAAAUCCAGCUGCAAUUUUGAAGCAUCCUCGGACCCCUCCAACCAAUAAUGGUGUAGAUUACCCAUCAGGGGACUCAGAUCAUGUGUCCAAAAGAACAAGACCAAUUGGGAUUUCUGAUGAGGUAAAUCUGCCUGUUAAUAUAUUGCCAAUAAGUUAUCCUGGUCAGAGUCAUGGUCAACCUUUCAACACUCAUGAUGACUUGCCCAAGACCGUUGUGCGAAACCUCAAUCAGGGGUCAUGUCCCAUGAGCAUGGAUUUUCACCCUAUCCAACAGACUCUACUCCUAGUUGGUACCAAUGUGGGAGACAUAGGGCUGUGGGAAGUUGGUUCUAGGGAGAGAUUAGUUCUUAAAAAUUUCAAGGUUUGGGAUCUUGGAGCAUGUUCAAUGCCUCUCCAAGCAGCUUUAGUUAAAGAUCCUGGUGUAUCAGUUAACCGUGUGAUAUGGAGCCCUGAUGGUUCUUUAUUUGGAGUAGCAUACUCAAGGCAUAUUGUGCAGAUAUAUUCUUACCAUGGUGCUGAUGAUGUACGGCAGCACUUGGAGAUUGAUGCUCAUAUUGGUGGUGUAAAUGAUCUUGCAUUCUCUCACCCCAAUAAACAACUAAGCGUCAUAACCUGUGGUGAUGACAAGACAAUUAAGGUGUGGGAUGCUGCUACUGGUGCCAAACAAUAUACUUUUGAAGGUCAUGAAGCUCCUGUCUAUUCUGUCUGCCCUCAUUACAAGGAAAACAUCCAGUUUAUCUUUUCAACAGCACUAGAUGGAAAGAUAAAGGCAUGGUUAUAUGAUAAUUUGGGAUCGAGGGUUGAUUAUGAUGCUCCAGGUCACUGGUGCACAACAAUGGCAUAUAGCGCUGAUGGGACUAGGCUUUUCUCAUGCGGGACCAGCAAAGAUGGAGAGUCAUACAUUGUUGAAUGGAAUGAAAGUGAAGGGGCCGUGAAGAGGACUUAUCUAGGAUUCCGGAAACGUUCUUUGGGUGUGGUGCAGUUUGAUACCACUAGAAACCGAUAUUUGGCUGCCGGUGACGAAUUUGCAAUAAAAUUUUGGGAUAUGGAUAAUGUUAACCUUUUGACAACUAUUGAUGCUGAUGGAGGCUUACCGGCAAGCCCACGUAUCCGCUUCAAUAAGGAGGGGACUUUAUUGGCUGUUUCUACAAAUGAAAAUGGAAUUAAAAUAUUGUCCAAUGCGGAGGGGAUUCGGUUGCUCCGAACAUUCGACAGUCGUUCUUUUGAUGCAUCAAGAAUCGUCUCUGAAACUGUAACAAAGACUACAAUAAGCCCAAAUACAACUGUUGCAGCUGCAACUAGUGCUGGAAUAGCAGACAGAGGAGCUCCUGUUGUUUCCAUAGCUGGAAUGAUAUCGAGGUUGAUCUAUACAAAUUCAGGAACUUCCAUUUUGGCAUUAGCAUCAAAUGCUAUUCAUCUACUUUGGAAAUGGCAUCGGAGUGACCGUAAUUCAAGCGGCAAGGCCACUGCCAGUAGUGCUCCUCAAUUAUGGCAACCGUCAAGUGGCAUACUAAUGACUAAUGACAUAACCGACACCAAUCCUGAAGAGGCUGUUCCUUGCUUUGCUUUGUCUAAGAAUGAUUCUUACGUUAUGUCAGCAUCAGGAGGAAAGAUUUCCCUGUUCAACAUGAUGACAUUUAAGACAAUGACGACUUUCAUGCCUCCCCCACCUGCAGCAACAUUUCUCGCUUUCCACCCUCAAGAUAACAAUAUAAUUGCUAUUGGCAUGGAUGAUUCCACUAUCCAGAUAUAUAAUGUCCGUGUAGAUGAGGUUAAAAGCAAGCUUAAAGGCCACUCCAAAAGAAUCACUGGGCUCGCCUUCUCCCAUGUAUUAAAUGUAUUGGUUUCUUCUGGAGCAGAUUCGCAGAUUUGUGUGUGGAACUCUGAAGGAUGGGAAAAGCAAAAGAGCAAAUUCUUGCAGCUUCCUUCGGGGAGGGCACCAAUGGCUCUAUCAGACACACGUGUACAGUUCCACCAGGAUCAAGUACACUUCUUGGUUGUCCAUGAGAGUCAGCUUGCAAUUUUUGAAACAACAAAAUUAGAAUGUGUCAAGCAGUGGGUCACACGUGAAUCUUCUGCCCCAAUAUCCCAUGCAACAUUCUCCUGCGACAGCCAGUUGGUAUAUGCCAGCUUUCUAGAUGGAUCUGUUUGCAUAUUUAGUGCCGCACAUCUCAGAUUACGAUGUCGAAUUAAUCCAACUGCCUACUUGCCACCCAAUGUGAGAUCCAACGUAUGCCCACUUGUCAUUGCUGCCCAUCCAUCAGAGCCAAACCAGUUUGCAUUGGGAUUAACAGAUGGAGGGGUGCAUGUCUUCGAGCCUCUUGAAUCUGAAGGGAAAUGGGGCUCAUCCCCACCUGUUGAGAAUGGGUCAGCAAGCAGCAUGCCCACAGCACCCGCAGUUGGAGCUUCUGGUUCAGAUCAUCAGCAGAGGUGAUGGAUGUUCAAGGAGUUCAGAUCAUAUAGAAUGGACAUAUAGAAGUGUUCUGAACAUGUAGGAUAAGGUUCACUUAUGUUGUAUGUGGUAGUUGACAAUGGUGGAUCUAUCUCUUAAUUUCAUCUGGAAAUCUUAAUUCUCCCCAUCCAUUUUAAUUUUUUAAUUUUUCUUUAUGAAGUGACUCUGUUCAUGUAAAGAAAUUGAGUAGUUUUGGUAAUUUUUUAUAGUGAAAGUUUGCUCUUGGGGCUGCCUUUUCUUCUUAUCA